UCGAGAUCCCGUGGAGACGAUAAAUCUCGCGAGAAAUGCGAUUGCGACUCAAUUUGCGAAGGGGCGGUUAGGCCCAGGGGGGUCCGUGUUCAUUAGAGCUCUCAGUUUUCGUUUGCUUCUUCGGCCUUCACGCUGGAUGGCCGGUUUUUCUUUGUGCACGAACCUCUGCCUGAGAAAUGGUCGCUUCCCCGUAGUCUAGACACGGUGAGGAGCUCUGAGGAGAAUCUUGGCCUCUAGAUUUUGAGGGGGCCUGGGAGGGACCUCUUUUUAAAUAUUUUUCCUGCGUCCACCCUUUCUACCCAGAAAUGUUUGUUUUUCAGAGUAAGCCUGGGGCCAUUGGGAUUCUGUGGCGAGGUAGUCAUGCCCUUAAGGUAGUCGUCAGACUUAUUCCAGAAAGCUAGCUCCUGGUGACUUCUGGGCCAGGUAUUGCUGCGGAGAGUGUUCUCAUUAGCGUCAGUUUUUCUUUAAACAUCAGUAGUAAAAGUCUGUAAACAUUUGAAUAAGACUUUUGCAAAACAUUCUGCAGCAUGGAUUCUCUACCAGAACAGUUUUUUAUGAGGGAUCCUCCUGUGGAGGGGCAGAUUAAGGAGGACAUCAAGAAUAAGGUAGAAAAAUCAACUGAUCAACUGGAUAAACAGGAAAAGGACACACCUACCGAUCUUGUCUCUGUUAACCUACUAGUAGAGAUGAAGAAGUUAUUGAAUGCAAUUAAUACUCUACCAAAAGGUGUGGUCCCUCACAUUAAGAAGUUCUUACAAGAAAAUUUUUCCUUCCAAAUCAUGCAGAGAGAAGUUGCAGCUAACAGUCAGAAUGGGGAGGAAAUUGUUCCUGUUUUAACUUUACGUUUCUUGAUAACACAACUGGAAGCAGCACUUAGGAAUGUUCAGGCUACUAAUUAUACUGCACAUCAGAUUAAUAUUGGUUAUUAUCUGACAUUAUUAUUUUUGUAUGGAGUAGCACUCACUGAAAGAGGAAAGAAAGAGGAUUAUACAGAAGCAGAGAAUAAAUUUUUAGUGAUGAAGAUGGUGAUCCAAGAAAAUGAAAUUUGUGAAAACUUUAUGUCUUUAGUUUAUUUUGGACGUGGUUUGCUUCGAUGUGCCCAGAAGAGAUAUAAUGGAGGACUGCUAGAAUUUCAUAAAAGCUUACAAGAAAUAGGAGAUACAAAUGAUCAUUGGUUUGACAUAGAUCCUGCAGAAGAUGAAGAUUUACCUACAACUUUUAAAGAUCUUCUUAAUGAUUUUAUCAAGACAACUGAAAGUAAUAUAAUGAAGCAGACCAUUUGCAGUUAUCUAGAUUGUGAGCGAUCUUGUGAAGCUGACAUUUUAAAGAACACCAAUUACAAGGGAUUUUUUCAGUUAAUGUGCAGUAAAAGCUGCUGUGUUUAUUUCCAUAAAAUUUGUUGGAAAAAGUUCAAAAAUUUAAAAUAUCCAGGUGAAAAUGACCAGAGUUUUAGUGGGAGAAAAUGUUUGAAGGAAGGAUGUACAGGUGAUAUGGUAAGGAUGCUGCAAUGUGAUGUACCUGGAAUUGUUAAAAUUUUGUUUGAAGUUGUGAGAAAGGAUGAAUAUAUAACCAUUGAAAAUUUAGGAGCAAGUUAUAAAAAGUUGAUGUCUCUGAAAAUUACUGAUACUGAUAUAAGACCGAAGAUCAGUUUAAAAUUUAAUGCAAAAGAUGAAAUGCCUAUCUUCAAACUUGAUUAUAAUUAUUUCUAUCAUCUGCUUCAUAUAAUUAUCAUUUCUGGUACUGACAUUGUCCGGCAAAUAUUUGAUGAGGCUAUGCCACCCCCUGUUUUGAAAAAAGAACUUCUUAUACACAAGAAUGUGCUGGAACCUUACUACAACCAUCUUUGGACCAAUCACCCUUUGGGUGGAGCAUGGCAUCUGCUUUAUCCCCCAAACAAGGAGCUACCACAGUCCAAACAGUUUGACUUAUAUCUCCUAUUAGCUCUCAUAAAACAUUUGAAUGUAUUCCCUGCACCCAAAAAAGGCUGGAAUAUGGAACCACCAUCUUCUGAUCUCUCUAAGUCUGCCGACAUCUUGAGGCUGUGCAAACACAGGGAUAUCCUCCUUAGUGAGAUUUUGAUGAAUGGUCUCACUGAGUCACAAUUCAAUUCAAUUUGGAAAAAAGUUUCAGAUAUUCUUCUGCGUCUUGGGAUGAAGCAAGAGGAUAUUGACAAAGUGAAGGAGAAUCCCAUUGAGAAUAUCUCCCUUGAUUACCAUCAACUGUCCAUCUACCUAGGCAUACCAGUACCAGAAAUCAUCCAGAGGAUGUUAUCCUGCUAUCAACAAGGAAUUGCUCUACAGUCAAUAACGGGCAGUCAACGUAUUGAAAUAGAAGAGUUACAGAAUGAGGAAGAAGAACUAAGUCCACCUCUCAUGGAGUACAACAUAAAUGUGAAAUCAAACCCUGAAAUACAGUUAGCAGAAAUGAAUAAAGAUGGAGCAUCGAUACCCAGUGAAUCUUCAACAGAAUCUACUAAAGAUCUCCAGGAAGUUAAGAGUAAACCAAAGAAAAAGAAAAAGACUAAGAAUAAAAAGAAUAAGGAAUCAAAAGAAGAACAAGUCCCAAAUAUGGUAGGAAAGGAAGAGCCAUUGAAGAAAGAGCAAGCACAUCUACACCCAGUCAGUAAAUUUAUGAAAGAUGAUGCAAGUGAUAUUCAAGAGGAUUCUGCAACAGAAGACAAGUUCUAUAGUCUGGAUGAAUUACAUAUUCUGGACAUGAUAGAGCAGGGCUCAACCAGCAAAGUAACCACAGAAUAUGGAGAAACUGAGAAGGAGAAGCUUGCUCGGCAAAGGCAGCUUUAUAAAUUGCAUUAUCAGUGUGAAGAUUUCAAAAGACAGUUGAAAACAGUGACUUUUCGGUGGCAAGAAAACCAAAUGCAGAUUAAGAAGAAAGACAAAAUCAUUUCAUCUCUUAACCAACAAGUGGCUUUUGGAAUCAAUAAGGUUUCCAAAUUACAGCGUCAGAGCCACGCUAAAGAUAAUGAAAUUAAGAAUCUUAAGGAGCAACUUUCCAUGAAAAGAUCUCAGUGGGAAAUGGAGAAGCAUAAUCUGGAAAGCACAAUUAAAACAUACUUAAACAAACUGAAUGCAGAAACUAGCAGAGCUUUAACAGCUGAGGUGUACUUCUUACAGUGUCGUAGAGAUUUUGGUCUGCUCCACCUAGAGCAGACUGAAAAGGAAUGCCUCAGUCAGCUUGCCAGGGUGACUCACAUGGCGGCAAGUAACCUGGAAUCACUUCAAUUAAAGGCUGCAGUAGAGAGUUGGAAUGCCAUUGUAACAGACGUUAGAAAUAAGAUUGCAUUCCUCAGGACACAGUACAAUGAACAAAUUAACAAGGUGAAGCAAGGGUUUGCCUUGAGUACCCUACCUCCAAUCCAGCUUCCUCCACCACCACCUAAUCCUGACAUACUGAUGCAGCAGUUCUUGGGAAGACCUCUUAUGAAAGAAUCUUUCUUUAGACCCAUACUCACUGUUCCUCAGAUGCCUGCCGUUUGCCCUGGAGUCAUCUCUGCACCUGGCCAACCUAGAGCUCCGCUGAUGACUGGUAUAGCCUGGACUGUACCGGCGCCUGUGGGAGACGCUGGGCCUCCUCCCAGUGCAGGUCUGGGAAGUGACCCCCCCAUGAUGAAUUGGGAGAGGAUUAUAGACAGGCUGAAAACUGCUUUUCCACAACAAACCAGAAAGGAGCUUACGGAUUUCUUACGGAAAUUGAAGGACAUUCAUGGGAAAUCCUUAUCUGGACUGACAUUUGAUGAAAUUGUGUACAAGAUUUCCCAAUUUAUUGACCCCAAGAGAUCACAGAGUCAAGGAAAAUCUGUGCCAAAUGGUAACUGUGUUUCACCCAGCCACACUCCUCCACAGUCUAAUGCCGCCCAGCCCCCCAAACCAGCCUGGAGGCCCCUUAGUUCACAAGGGCCUGCCACAUGGGAAGGAGACAAUAAUUUGGAUGAAGAGGAGGAAGAAAAGGAGCCUUGUGUGAUUUGUCAUGAGAAUCUCUCUCCAGAAAACCUCUCAGUUUUGCCUUGUGCUCACAAAUUCCAUUCUCAGUGCAUUAGACCUUGGCUGAUGCAACAGGGGACGUGCCCAACCUGUAGACUCCAUGUUUUGUUACCAGAAGAAUUUCCUGGUCACCCCAGCCGGCACUUACCCAAGAUCUGAUCCAAGAAGGAAGAAGAAUCUUUGUUACUGUAUAAACACAAGGAUGAAACCAAUAAAUCCAGAUUUAUAAUUCUUGUGCCUUGGAGAAUCAUCCUUAGACCUCCGAUUUUAGUCUUUGACAUGGGGAAAAUAUUUUUUCAAUUUUCUUAAGGUAAAUGGUUAUUGGCAAGAAAUUGAUGUUUCCCAGAUCUAAAUAUAUUCAGUCUAAUGGUUUUAUAAUAAUGGGGUUUGCUCUUUGUCUUAUAAAGUUUCUUAUCUUCUCAUUUCCCUUUUUUAGUAUCUUUUCAAAUUCUUAUUUAAAUUCCAGUUAGUUAACAUAUAGUGCAAUAUUGGUUUCAGGAGUAGAAUUCAGUGAUUCAUCAAUUUUAGUAUCUUUUGGACAUAAGCAAGCCUUCUUUUUCCUUCUGGAAUUGAUUUAAAAUGAAUUAAAAUACGAUAUAAGCAA